UGCCAGAUUCAAAAAUAGAAUGCUUGAGUUCUGUUAUCAUAACAUUAUCGGGUUAGCGAACGAGAAACCAUACAUGUUACAUAAUAUCCGAUGCACGCAGGUGUUAUCAUACAAUGGAUAUGUCUGUUUCUGUAAUCUUUUUUAUUCUGCGAAUGAAAAUAAGGCGAUUUUAAUAACUACCUACUUGAUACUAUAUUCCAUAUCGUAACUAAUUUAUCCCUUUUUCUGCUUUUUGCAUCCAGAAAAGUUCAUUCAGCAGCAAUAAUGAAGUCGAUCACGACAGACUUUUUCCCUGAAGUUGAUGGAAACGUUAGUUUGAUCACUUGGGCGCAUGCUGUUAACAAUCAGGACUAUUUGAGCAAAACUUUAGCAAAUGGAAAAAUAAUGAUGAUAGAGGCAGAUAUUACAGAAGGAGUGACAAAAUCAUCGGACAAAUUGAUUCCUAUAAUGGCUCAUCCACCGAAUAAAGAAUCAGACCUCUCAUUGGAGAGCUUUCUGGGGCAGAUCACAAAUCAAGCAAAUCCUAUCGUUCGACAAGGAAUUAAGUUGGAUUUCAAAAGUUUGAAUGCCUUUGAAAAGUCUGCUGGAAUCAUUACUUAUUAUCAUAAGGGUGCUUUUCCUUUGUGGAUAAACGCAGACAUCCUUCCGGGGCCAAUAAAUUCAACUCAUGAACCUCUGAAUGCACACAGAUUUCUCGAAUUGGCCAAGAAAUUACCAAACGUUGUAUUGUCGGUGGGAUGGACAACCAAUUAUGAAUUGAUCCUAUUAUGGCUCCUUAAAUCUGGUCAAUGCCAGCUUGAAAAAAAACAUGGAAAAUGUUCAGAAAUCCUCAUAAAGGCAAUAUUUUAUUAUAUGAGAACAAAAUGAGGGAUCCCGAGACAUAUCCCAGUCCAUUCCACACAAAGCAAUGUCUUUGAUGGCGAAAACGAACAUGAGACCGAAAAAUUCACAUUAUCAUAUGGACGCCAGUCGAGACAAAGAAGGAUGUCUAUAGACCCUCUAUAGAUCGUGUCUUGAGACCGUACUAGUGAGUACUAAGCUUAAGGAUUCAGCCUCUGAACUGCCCAGUAAUUGGUGCAAAUACUGAUACAACCAAGCACUUGUAUUAUAUCAGCAGCUAAUAAAAAUACCAAUAGGUAUAGUGAAUUAUUUUUUGAAGUUCAGUAUAGAUGUUACAGUAGUUAUUCUUCAGACUUUCGUUGUCGAACUUAGAUUUACGGCAUAGUUGUUGUUUCCUCAGUUUUCGAAUCCGUGUUGAUCGCAUGUAAAAAUGUUAGAAAUCUUUGGAAAAAAAUGUAUCUGUUAGAUCGUAAUUAUUUUGAUAAUGUAUGUUUGUACGAAACAAGUUCAAGGAUACAGGGCUGUGCAUAUUCACGUGUAGUGCAAAAGCUUUGUGAUUUGAACGAAUUCAAUAUAGCAACAUAAAUAGACACAUACGCGGGAAGAGAUGCGGGACGUGUAGUUAUUGUCUUUGAGCAUCGAUCGACACAUUUUCUGGACAUGCCACAGACGCACCGCUAAACAAAUCUCAUAAAUGUCCAGCUCCAAUUUAGGCGUUCAUCUACCACAGUGCUUUGCUGCAACACCAACCCCGAACAAAAUCAGUCGAGCUUUACACUUCAAAUUACAAUUGAGUAGCAAACAGAACAUAGGUAAAAUCACUUUUUAAGUGCAAUCUGUAUAGUUAAUAUAUUACUCAGACUUAUAUUUGUCACAAGUCACAAUUCUCGUACUUGUAUAUGCGUAUAAAUCGUGAGAAUUAUGCUGUAAACGUAAGAGAUUUCAAAGAGAGACAGCCUUUGGAAUACCAAAGGAUACCAAAAAAUCGCAUAUAACUUUUAUAGCAUAUAGCUAUAACUUAUAGUUAGUAUUCCUCUGUCGCCAUGAUGUGUCGGAAAGUAACACAAUGGUAUUAGAUUAAAAAAGCAAGUGUCAGACGUCUAGGAGGGGGGCGCGCUCGCCCCGCCUCACCCCCCCUAUAUCCGCCACUGCACCCUAACUCUUUGCGUUUUGAAGCACCAGAAUGCCGUUACUGAGUUCCAUUCAGCAACUUCAGUAAGGCUGCUCCCAAUUUUUUAACAGAUGCAUAGAUAAUUGAACAGCAUCUAUGGUCAUCUCCAUUUACAGACUAAGUGUUUUCCUAUGUGGCUAUCUAAAGUUAUAAGUUUACACUGAACCAAUGCGGUGAUAAAUGCAUUUGGGCCUAUUUUUUGUAAACUAGGAAGUGUGAUUUUUGCUAAUAAAAAUUGAUGGCAAUAAACUGGUAUGUCCCGAAACAAAGCUGAUAGCUACACUUUUUGUAUAUUUCAUUUAUUAUUUACAAUUCUAUUCAUUUAUUUGAAGUACUGUUAACUGCAAAAUUGUUCUAAGUGCUUACGUUUUCUUCAGUACAAGCAUUCCAGUUAACUAUAUGCUUCUUUAAAAACGAGCGG